AUGAAACCAGAAAACCAAACCCAUACAGCAGAAUUCCUCCUCCUGGGACUCUCAGAGGACCCAGAGCUGCAGCCCAUCCUCUUUGGCCUGCUACUGUCCAUAUACCUGGUCACCGUUGUUGGGAACUUGCUCAUCAUCCUGGCCGUCAGCUCUGACUCCCACCUCCACACCCCCAUGUACUUCUUCCUCUCCAACCUGGCCCUCACUGACAUCUGUAGCACCUCCACUGUGGUCCCUAAGAUGCUGGUGAACAUCCAGACAGAAAGCAAAGCCAUCUCUUAUGCAGGCUGCCUCACUCAGGCAUAUUUUUUCAUGGUUUUUGUAUGUAUGGACAAUUUACUGCUGACUGUGAUGGCCUAUGAUCGCUACGUGGCCAUCUGCCACCCCUUGCAUUACAUGGUCAUCAUGAACCCCCGCUUCUGUGCCCUGCUGGUUCUAAUCUGUCUGCUCAUCAGCACUGUGGAUGCCCUGGUGCACACUCUGAUGUUGCUGCGUCUGUCUUUCUGCAAACAUCUGCAGAUCCCCCACUUCUUCUGUGAACUAACUCAGAUCAUCAGGAUGGCCUGUUCUGAUGCUCUCAUCAAUAACAUUGUUGAAUUUUUAGCUACCAUCUUCUUGGGUAUUGCUCCUCUCUCCGGGAUAAUUUUCUCUUAUGCUCAGAUUGUCUCUUCCAUCUUCAGAAUCCCAUCAACUGAUAGAAAAUAUAAAGCUUUUUCUACCUGUGGGUCUCACCUGUCAGUGGUUUCCUUGUUCUAUGGGACUUGUAUUGGAGUUUAUCUUAGUUCUGCUGUUACUGAUUCUCCCAGAAUGAGUGCCAUGGCCUCGGUGAUGUACACUGUGGUCACUCCCAUGCUGAACCCCUUCAUUUACAGCCUGAGGAACAAGGACAUGAAGGGCGCCUUGAGAAAACUCACCUUGGGGACAUUUUUAUUGUUGUGA